AUUGUGUCAGUAAGAAAGCACAGACACUAGCAGGGAAAAGCAGAAUAUCUGUGUGAUUUAUGUCGGUGGUUAAUGCGUUUGAUUUGUGAGCUGCUCUGAAAUGUCGUUUUAUUUUUUUUAAACAUGAGCUGCUACAGAGCUGCAAUGCAUUGGACAUGAGCAGUGAGUACACGCCUGGAAUGCCACUGUUACUAAGGCAAUCCAACAAGUGUUGCUAGGCGACCGAUUUAUGCGUUUCGUAAUACGGACCAGGAUUAUAGUAAUAAUUUUUGGAGCCUAAUGAAAAUCUAAACAAAAGGCAUCCUGGUUGAUUGAAGUUCUGCAUUUUCUGCAUCUAAGAAACCAUGGCAGAGGACGGUAGGAGAGUAGAUGAGGAUGAUCGUGGCCCCGGUGCUGCUUUUCAAGUAUUUGUGACAAUGGAAGACUUAUUGGAUAAAUUAAGGCUUCUUAAUUAUGAAGAAGUGCUAAACAAACAUAAUAUGAAACCAUUAACUAGGCACUAUUUUGCAUUACCUACAAAUCCUGGAGAGCAGUUCUUUAUAUUUUCCACCCUUUCUGCAUGGCUUAUAAAUAAAGCUGGACACCACUUUGAACAGCCGCAAGACUAUGAUGGCCCAAACGCCACAAUAUCCAAUAUUCUUGCUGAGUUACGUUCUUUUGGCUAUACUGUGGAUUUUCCACCUUCCAAGUUAAAAACAGGACAUGGAGAACAAGUGUGCUAUGUUCUUGAUUGCUUAGCAGAAGAAGUCUUAAAGCAUAUUAAUUUUGCCUGGAGCAGGCCAAUAUACCCAUCAGAAGAACUUGAGGAGGAAACUGUAGUGGGAGAGGAUUCUGAACUGACAUUAAACAAACUUGAGGAAGAAAUUGUAGAAGAGGAUUCUGACGAUGAACAUUGUAUAGAUUUAAAUGAUCUUGCCUCACAGAGCCACAAAUUGGCACAAGGAGAGUCCACUAAACCACAGGAAAUUUUGGAAUCUAAUAUUGACGCUGUGGAAUGGAACAUGGAACUGGAGCGUGUCCUCCCUCAGCUCAAGGUUACAAUUCGAACUGACAACAAGGACUGGCGGAUUCAUGUUGAUCAAAUGCAUCAACAUAGAGAAGAUAUUGAAAGCUUAUUUAAAGAAUCACAGGGCUACCUAGACAAACUUCAAAAUGAAAUCAGUAAGACCUUGGAGAAAGUGAGCAGUCGUGAAAAGUAUAUUAAUAAUCAAUUACAGCCCUUGGUCCAGGAAUACCGAGCUGCACAGGCCCAACUAAAUGAGGCAAAAGAAGGAUAUCAACAGGGAAGUGGAGGAGUAACAGAAAGGACUAGAAUGCUGUCUGAGAUCACAGAAGAAUUGGAGAAAGUUAAGCAAGAAAUGGAAGAAAAAGGCAGUAGCAUGACAGAUGGUGCUCCUUUGGUGAAAAUUAAACAAGCCCUAACAAAGCUGAAGCAAGAAACUAAACAGAUGGAAAUCAGGAUUGGUGUAGUAGAACACACGCUACUUCAGUCUAAACUCAAGGAAAAAUCAAACAUGACCCGAGAUAUGCAUGCUAUUAAUAUACCAGAAUCCUCUAUUGGAGUCUAUUAAACACUUUGUCUUCUACUAUAUUCAAUUUGCUAUAUUUUAUAUACCAUAUUUAUUUUUAUAGCUACACCAAUAUGUUAAUGUAUAAAAUGUAAAUGAUUUAGUUACUCGUUUUCUCAAGUGCAAAACAGAUGGUGAUGAUAAAUUAAAAAUAUAAAUAUUUCUUUUGUCAAA